AUGUCUGCUGAGCUCACAAAGGUCGACUCUGCCAUCGCUGGCUUGUCGAUAUCUCCCAAGGAUGAAAAGGCACCAGACAAGGGUCUCAAGAAGACACACAGGCGUUUAUCCUCACAGGGUGCGGAAGGUGUCUGGAAUAUCAAAGACCUAGAGGCUCAGAGGAUUGAGAUUACCCUCCCAAUCGAAACACAAAAGACAGGAUGGAAACUCAAUACCUCUCCAUCGACAAUAGAGGACAAAGAUAUCCUCAAACUCCAACUCAUCAACCCUCCAGUCAAGAAGAUUGACCUACAUUUCCCUUUGGGCCUGGAAGUCACGGCGCGUAAUCUCAAGGGCGUCACCAUCAAGGACGCGCUGGAUGCAAUCUACAAACAGUUCAAGAAAAAGGCCGACGAUGAAAUGGACAAACCCUACCUCGCUGGCUUUGAGUGGGACAAAGACGAGAGCUGGACUCGUCUAAUCGUUCACCAAACAAAGCAAGUUCCAACAAAUCAACAGCCAAGCAAAAAGACCAAGAAGAAGAAGGACGAUGCAUAG